AGCUUUCAUCUUGUUUGUGACUUCAGUCUGUUUAGUCGUGCCAUUUACUUACGUAACAUAAACACAUCGAAUAUCUCGGACGAAAUCAUAGAGCAAUGAUGGAGCAAAACAAUGUAUCAUUGACGACAGCCCUAAACCACGAUUGUCUGCGUGAAAUUGUGCAUUACCUGAAACUCGACGAUGCAAUAAGUUUUGCAGAUUGUUGCAAAUGUAUGAAACUGGUUGCCAAUGACAAAUUCAGAAAAUACAAACAUUAUAACUUGGAUCGCACACAAUUCCUGAAGGGUGUAAUUCACACAAAUAACCUUAUUUCACACAUCGGGCCCCACUUGUCCGCAUUGACGAUUUGCCUUUAUGAAUUUAACUUGAAUUUGAGUAGAUUCCUCAAAAUCAUCGACCGAAAAUGCACUCAGCUAAAACGUUUACAGAUCGAAUAUUCUGAGAGAGAAGCCGCAGACCAAGUUCCAUUAACGUACAAUUUCGAAACAGUGCAAACAUUAACAUUGAUCCACUUUAAUUCAACCUCGACAAGAGGUUUACUUCAGAGCUUCCGUCAUCUAGAGCAGCUAUGUUUUCAACAGUGUUUUAUCAGUGAGGAGGAGUCAAUGGCACUCAUUCACAACAAUCCCAGAAUCGAGAGUUUUUUAUGCGUAGAUCUUCGAUGUUUCAACAUACUUCCACCGAAUGUCCAGGAAUUGUCUAUAGAAAACCGGAAUCUCGAUCUCUUGCCCAACGUAUGCACUUUGAAUUUUUUGACGAGCCUUCAUCUUGAUUGUUUGGGUAAAAACAUCACUUCGCCGUUAAGGGAAUUGGCGAAAAGGGGAAUUAUGAAGGAAAUGGAUCUCGAAAAUAUUAACAUUGACGACGAAUUUUUCGACUUCGUGGCACAAUUCGGUAAAAUGCAGUUACUGCAGAUUGACCAUUAUCGAGUAACAGAACAAGGGGCAUACGAAGGAAGCAGUGGAUUCAAAAGGUUGAAGCCUAAAAUUGUCUGGCCGACUGAAUUGUCCAUUCUGCAAUUAAAGGGCUUCGAAUUUACGUUGGAUGAUGUCACUGAUAUUGUUCGCCAAUUAAUCAGCUUGCAGGCUUUGGAUUUGUAUCAGUCACAAUUUGCGAAGUCGGACUCGAGCUACUACCCGGAUAUUAGGAUGUUUUUUAACAAGAUUACGUCUCGCAUUAUUGACGUGGUUGAAUCUAGCGAUGGAAAGCAGUGUCGAGAGAUUUGUCUUCCCGGUUUCGUGGAUAUUGAAGACUCUGGGAAGAUGUAUUUACUCGACAUGAAACGUAUUAAGAUCUGCACUUACUAAUCAUGGGAAUUGGAUAAUUGUCUUUCCAGUCAUUAGGAAGUAUUUCUGCAAUGUAUCAUGGUCAAAAAACCAAUUUGCUAUUCUCAAUA